AUUACAGGCGCCUCACACACACGUCUUAUAGGCGCCCAUUAGUGAGAAGCAGAUCCCGUCACGUGGUAUAAGAUGGAUUUGUGAGGAGUACAAGAAAAGAAGUCCGUGUACUUGAUAUUUUCUUGCGCUCAUAAACCAAGCAGUUGAUCGCUUAGCAAUUUCUUUAUCGCUUUGUCAGUUCAUCGUCAUCAAUGGAUCAGUCGGGUUUGAUUUCGGCCGCCCAUAAACGCGAUGAACCAGUAAGUCAGAAGCAGAGAAUUAUUAUACAGAACAACUACGGUCAGAAGCUUGUGGGGGUUUUGCAUGAAACAGGUUCUGUGGAACUUGUCAUCUUGUGCCAUGGAUUUCGAUGUUCAAAGGAAUCCAGCAUUAUCACGAACCUUGCUACAGUUUUAGAGAAAGAAGGAAUCAGUGCCUUUCGCUUUGACUUUUCAGGAAAUGGAAUGUGUUCUCAUGGCCUACUAUUUCCCUACAAGGGAACAGCUGUGAUGUUAUUGAGGCUCCAAGAAAUUAAAGUGGAAAGUGAAGGUUCAUUUCAGUAUGGUAACUAUGGUGGAGAGACUGAUGAUCUGCAUGCUGUAGUCCUACAUUUUUCUAGAUUGAAACGUCUAAUAACUGCAAUUCUUGGCCAUAGUAAAGGAGGAGAUGUGGUGCUCUUAUAUGCCUCUAGAUUUCCUGAUGUCCAUACAGUUAUCAAUGUUUCUGGACGCUUCUAUAUGGAGAGAGGCAUUGAGGAUCGUUUGGGUAAAGAUUUUAUGGAAAGAAUCAAGAAGGAUGGGUUUAUUGAUGUUUGGCAUAAAACAGGAAAGGUCGCAUAUCGUGUGACUAAAGAAAGUUUGAUGGAUCGCCUAAAUACUGAUAUGCAUGCAGCAAGCCUUUCAAUUAAAAGAGACUGCAGGGUCUUGACAAUUCACGGUUCCAUGGAUGAAAUUGUGCCAAUUGAAGAUGCCUUGGAGUUCUCAAAGAUCAUACCUAACCACAAAUUGCAUAUGGUAGAAAGAGCUGAUCAUGCGUACAGUUCACAUCAAGAUGACUUGGCUUCAAUUGUAUCAGACUUCAUAAAGACGGGUCUGCAGCAAGACAAAGAUGUGCCAAAUCAUGUACAACUCCCCAAGGGAAGAUAAACUUAUCCUAUCAAGAUUCCAAUAUUUUUUUUUAAUGCUAAUAGAAGUAUUAAUCUGACAUUCAAAUUGAUAUUGAGAGCUAUCGAUAGUUAUGCAUCCAUUUGGAACUUUUCCA